CCACGAUACGUCGGAAGCGCGGUACCUGCCCUCUGUGCUCCUCCUGCCAUACAAAAGCUCUACGCAUGCGAAGUGACUUUUUUUCCUCUUUGGUAUAAGCAAGGCACGGGAUUUCAACAUGGCAGAUGAAGAUUUCGCUACUGUGAGUUCUGGGGCCUCUGAAACAUACCCACAGCAGUGCUCUGCAUUGAGGAAGAAUGGCUUUGUCAUGCUGAAGGGUCAUCCCUGUAAGAUCGUUGACAUGACUACCUCCAAGACUGGCAAGCAUGGACAUGCCAAGGUUCAUUUAGUUGGACUUGACAUCUUCAAUCAGAAGAAGUAUGAAGAUCUGUGCCCAUCUACCCACAACAUGGAGGUCCCAAAUGUCACGAGGAAAGAUUACCAGUUUUUGGAUCUGGAUUCUGGUUACCUGAGCCUUUUGGAAGACAAUGGAACAACCAGAGAGGACCUCAAACUACUAGAAAAUGAAAUUGGCAAAGAAAUCAAAACGAAGUUCGAAAACGGAGAGUCUUUUGUGGUCACUGUGCUGAAGGCUUGUGGUGAAGAACAAGUAGUUGCCACUAAGGUUAAUAAUUAAAGCGUCCUGGGCACUGCUGGAGACCUCGCACCCCUCAUCUCCAGUGUGAUUUUUGAAGCCUCACCAAAGCUACUGGCCGUGUCUCCAUAUCGCAACUAGUCCUCCGGAUGGGCAACUCAAAUCUGGAGACUGGACUGGAGACGCUUUUUCAACUUUACCUUGGGGUCCAGGCUGACUGGCAUUAUGUUUAAUCAACGAAAUUAUCCGCCUGUAGCCACCCUCUCUGCAAUGGCUACACAUAUUAUUCGAGGAAUUCCUAUCAACAUUCCAGUACUUUUUUUUUUUUUUUUGAGUAUGGGACCUUUUUUUUCUGUAUGCAUUACUUUUUAAUUCCCUCUUUUUUUCUUUCUCUGAGCUUUUGAGUUGGCUGUGAGCAUGUAAUUUAGAGCUUGUUUACAGUUGAGUUACCCUGCUUUCUCCCCUUAGACGUUUUUUUAUCUCUGCGGGCUGACUGCACCUCAAGCGAUCUCCAUCUCUGUUUGGUUGAACUGCAUUGAUGGCCGGAAUAUUCUGCCUUUGACAAUUAAACAUAUGCAUGCACAAAAAUUGACUUGUAUACAGCUAGCCGCUAUGAAUAAUGUAAAGCGCAACAUCUUUUUCUCAUCUCAACUCGACUUCAAAAUAAUCCCCAAGAUCUCUCCUGCAUCUUUCCUGGUCUACACAGGACGGGUCUUUUGUAGCAUUGAUCUCUGGUGUUGUUGGGUGUGGAGAUUUACGUUUUUCCCCUUCUAUGCCACGAAACUUUUUUCUUUCACAUGAGGCCUUUCCGAGCUUACACGUAUAGAAAUUGAUUUUGAAAGAACAAAACACUGAAACCCUUUAGUAUUGGUAAAGCAAAAAUUAAACCUUGGCACACAAUAUUGGAAAUAAAAUAAAAAUAAAACCUAUUUCAAAUUGAAUAAUAUGUAGCCAAAUGAAGAUGGUAUUUCUGCUGUAAUUAUUUUGGUUUUGGUAAACAUCUGGUCCCAAGACGUACUGUAAUACACACAGAACAUAAUGUACACAACAUGAAAACUGACUGUUACCAUUGGGCUGUAUUUUGUGUUGCGGGUGAGGAAAGCAGUUAUAGAAAGAACAUUUGGGAGUUGUAGGUCUGUUUGCAGUUUAACAGGAUUUUUAAGCAUUUUGUGCAGAGUUAACACUUUGUACAGAGUGUGGCUCAAAUAUUUUUUUGAAAUAAAAAUACCAAUAUGCUGAA